GUGGCCUUUUCCCAAGGCUCAUUCUUCUUCCCUCUUUGUCUCUCUACCUUUUCCUCCUCCUCCUCCUCCUUCUUCUUUCUCCCAUCACUAUUCCAUAUGAGGAAACUGUGCCCAAAUUUCGACCGUGAGGAUGGCCUAGAGACCGUUCUUGAGGUCCCCAUUCCAGAAGAGAUGUUCACAUGCAUGAGCAUGGGCGGCGGCAACAACAACAAUAACACCAACAAUAGCGCCCUCCGCUGGCAGAACAUGCGCACCUGGAUGAAGUCCCAAUGUGCAGACAAGUUGAACUCUGCCCCUCCCCUCGCUGGCCGCAACGCCGAUCUUCAAUUUCUUCUCAACGUUGUGGGCUCUCCUCUCAUCCCUCUGCAAGUCCAGCAUGAUUCCACCAUCAUUCGCCCAAUCAAAGAUUGUUCGAUUGAAGCUUCCACAGCCAAAUAUAUCGUUCAGCAAUACAUUGCGGCCACCGGAGGAUUAGCGGCAUUGAAUGCCGUCCAUAGCAUGUAUGCCAUUGGACAGGUAAAGAUGACCUCUUCAGAAUUUCACCUAAGUGAGGGCGAUGAGAGCGUGAAAGCCAAAGGCAAUGCUGAAAUAGGCGGCUUUGUCCUUUGGCAAAAGAACCCUGACUUGUGGUACCUUGAGCUGGUGGUUUCUGGCUGCAAGGUCAGCGCCGGCAGCGACGGCAAGGUUGCCUGGAGGCAAUACGCAGCCCAACAAUCACAUGCCUCCAAAGGUCCCCCAAGACCCUUGCGCCGCUUCAUACAGGGAUUGGAUCCAAGGUCAACAGCGAAUUUGUUUUCGGAUGCGGUGUGCAUAGGAGAGAAGAUCAUCAACAAUGAAGACUGCUUCAUAUUGAAGUUGGAAGCGAGUGCAUCAACCUUAAGAGCCAGAAACACAAACAACUUCGAGAACAUCCACCACACCAUAUGGGGAUACUUCAGCCAGAGAACUGGGCUUCUCAUGAAGUUUGAGGACUCACAUUUACUGAGCAUGAAGAAGGGUAGAGGAGAUGACAGUAUCUUCUGGGAGACAAGCAUGGAAUCAGUGAUUGAAGAUUAUAGAUACAUUGAUGGUCUCAACAUUGCUCACAGUGGAAAGACUGUUGUCACAUUGUUUAGAUAUGGAGAGGGCUCAACUAAUCACAAGAGAAAGAUGGAGGAGACUUGGGCAAUUGAGGAGGUUGAUUUUAACAUCUGUGGACUCACCAUGGAUUGCUUUCUACCUCCUGCAGACCUUAAAAGGGAAUAAGAAGGUGGUGAGAAAGGCAUUUAAAUUUGAAUGAAUGUGAGUGAAACCUUAGAAGCUUAAGACAG